CAUGAAGGAAUGACAUAACCUUUCUAUUAGUAUUUUACGAUGCUCGCGCAUAUAUUCUCGUAACAAAACUGUUUUUUGUGCUUUUAUAAAUAAAUACAAUAAAGUUUUUAUCCAUACAACUCAACAUGUAUUUAACCAGCAGACUCCCACGUUUAUAUGUACGCACUGCACAGUUUCUUGGUACCAGUACCAGUAGGUUUAAAAGCAAUGCGCCUGCUGUGGAAGAACGUAUAGAAAUACCCUAUAGAGUACAACGUUCCCCUACAGAUAUCCUAAAUGCGCUGGCAAGCACUGUAGGUCGGGACCCAACGGCACCUCAUUAUAAGUAUCAUGACGAUCCUUAUUUAAUACCAAUGUCUAAUGUGGGUAAGCGAACAUUUGCCAUGUCUCAAGAAGCCGGACGAAAGGCUGCAAAAUAUAUUAGAGACGAGCAUCGAGAUGUUUUUAUGCAUCAAGAAGCUCAACCACCAAUAGAAGCGUUUGCACCAAAAAUGAUAUUUACAGAAGAUUCUGAAGUAAAUACUGAUACACUUCAUCUUUUGAUACGUAAUUCACAAGUUACAGAUGCCGUAUUUGUAUAUAACUUACUGAAACAAAAAGGAGUGGAAAUCUCGAACGAUUCAAAACAAGAGAUACUAGAACUUAUAUGCUUUUACAAUAACGAAGAGCCCCUCCCAGAGGAGUUGAUUGAAGAACGUUGGUUUAAAGCAAACGCAGAUGCGCGUGAACGUAACCGAAAAACAUGGAAAGAUGAUGAACUAGCGGAGCAGCUUUUUCAAGAACUGGAACCAAAAACUGCACGAUCGUAUGCGGCAAUUAUAAGGGGCAUGUCAAAAUAUUUUCAAGCAGAACGUGCUUACGCUCUCCUACAAGAAGCAACUGAAAAACAGUUUGAGUUAGAUACACAAACGUUCAAUGCAGUUAUUAGUGUAUCGAAUUUCUUAAAAGAAACAGCAGAUCAACGUUGGGAAUUAUGUCGUGACCUUCUUCAGCAAAUGGCUCACCAGCAAUUAAGACCAAAUCUGGGUACACUGAAUGCGGCUUUAGAAGUUGUUAGCACUUUUGGUAACUUCAAAUUGGCACGCAGCUCAGCUCUUAAAGUACUUGCCGAAUUUAAACAAUUGGGCAUUGAACCUAGUUUGGGUACAUACUAUUACCUAUUAAUUAUUUUCUGUCGCGAUCGUGCACCUGUUUCUCAUAUUAUAGUUGACAUCCUACAUGAGCUAAAGGGUCGCGAAUUCACAAUACAGCACCCAAAAGACACAUUUUUUUUUGCUACUGCCAUGGAUGUUUGCCGCAACCAUUUGCAUGACAAGACACUGGCGAGAAAUGUGGAUGAGCUGUUGCACACAGGAAACAACUACGAUUUGAUUGGUGACACUUAUAAAGAGGCAGUAUAUUAUCGCCACUUCUUCGCCCUGCUCUGUCAAACGGAACCAAUCGACGAGUUUAUGAAAGUCUACGAUUUACUUGUACCGAAUGUGUAUAUUCCAGAACCCGGUAUUAUGGAAGAAAUACUGAAAGCAGUAGAAAUGAACGGCGCUGUGGAACUCAUGCCUCGUUUUUGGUCAGAUAUGGUGAUAUUUGAUCACACAAACCGCGAGAGUUUACUGACACGGACACUGCAAAUAUUAAUAGAUAAUCCUCCGAACAAUGAUCUUCCCGCACAUCAAUCUUUACCUGAGCAAGUGGGUAAAAUAGCUCUCGACAUUUAUCAAAAAAUUGCUGAUCCUGAAGGACGUCGUCCCAAGGACCUUCAAUUCUCUGGCAAAAUGAUUGGAGAUAUUUUAGCGUUAUUAGUUCGCAGUGGAAAUUUCGAAAAGGCCAACGAAGUUUUUACUCAUAUAGACAAAAACCAACAUCGAAUUCCCGGUACACCAUCAGAAAACUGUCUACAGGAAUAUGUUAACGCCUGCAUUGAAAAUAAGGCACCUACACAAGCAAUAGUUUGUUUGCAAUAUGCUGUAGAGAACAACAUGGAUGCGCAGCCCAUUGCCGAAAGCAUAAAUGCUGGUUUCACUCUCAAUGAAGUGCAUUUAUCCAAAGUAAAAUCACUUGUUGGCGAAAAUCUUGUUGGAAAGUGAGACUAACAAUUAGUGGAACUAGUAACAACUAUUUCGUAUUUAAAUUAGUUAUGUAAUAAUAAAAUGCCGCUGAACCUGCAAUAAAAUAAGAAAAGUAAUGUGCG